AUGCGAUUCGACGAAGGUAACGAACCCAACGGGGCUGGAUGCGUGCCGGAACCGGAUCCACGCUACGGGGCACGCUUCCCGUGGCCGUUCACGUGGACCACCGGCAUCCGGCAGCCACCGCUGAAUCCGGGCGACAUGGCAAACCUGCACGAGCGCAUCAACCACCUGCGGCCGCUCUGGUUCGAGGGCUUUCAGUUGAACGUGACGCGAAGCUGCGGCGUGAACCGAACCUUCGGGGCCAGCUGGGCCUUGAGCCACGUGACACCGACAGGCUUCCGGUUUGGUGGCCACUUCCAGCGACGGUGCAGUGACAGCGUGCUGAAAACGCCACUUGUAGCGUUCGAUGUGAACCCAACCACGCUGUGUUCGAACCUGCUGCUGCUUUACCGGCCAGCGCGCUCUAUCGGCCUCGAGCUGGCCCUGCAGCUGCAACCAGGCGAGUGGCCUUUCGUGGACGAGAUGGCACUGCAACACACGGGCCUCAGCCGGACGACGACCGUGCGCUGUACCAUGCCGGGUUCGCUUGAGUCGUACCGUGUCAGUCUGGAUCACCUGGUCAGCCUGAACGAUCGGUUGUGCUUUGGUACGGAAGUCCUCUGCGAAUGCUAUCGGGGCGCGUAUCACACCAACGUGGCCUUUGCCGGACGCUACAAUCGGGAAAAAUGGACGCUGGCCGCCACCGUCUCGCCGGAAGCGUUCGAUGUGAGCUACUGGCAAAAAGUGUCCGACUCGCUGCAGAUGGGCUCGUCAAUGAUUGUGAACCAGCGGCAGAACCGAGCGCUCGGCAGCGUGUGCUAUCGGCUGGAGUAUGCGAACACCGUGAUCCGCGGUUCGUUCGAUUCCGACUGGACGGUUGGCUUCACGUACAGCAGGAAACUCGUGCCGGCCGCAUUCACCGCUUGCCUGAGUUUGUUGUUUUGCGUUCCGAAAAAUACGUUUCAGUGUGGAUUUCGGAUUGAUUUGGAUUCUAAUUUGCUGUGA